CACCACGCCAAAAUGGCGCCAGUAGCACGCACGGCCAAGCCCGCGCAGCGCGCGCCGCCCCCACCGGCGACCAAGACGCGGCACCGUAUCGGCAAGCCCGGCGGCGCGGUAGCAGACAGCGACAGCGACGAGGAGGAGACGCUCGAGAUUCCCAAGCGUGCCGCGCCGGUGAAGCUCGAGGCGGGACUGGUUGCCGGCGGCGCGGGCCGCGUGCUCAAGUCUGAGGCGAUCAAGGUGGAUCUUUCAAAGGCGAAACUUGAUGGAGGUGUAAAGCAUGAAAUCGGCGCGGAGAGUGAAAGCGAAGAGGAGAGCGAGGAGGAGGACGUCAAGCCCGUGUUUAGGAAACCUGCUGCUCCGGAUCCAGAGUCGAGCGAGUACGAGACCGAGUUGGAGGAGGAGAGCGAGGAGGAGAAGCCGGCGUUCCGGCCGAUGUUUGUUUCGAAAACUGCACGCAAGACAGUGACGGCCGAUUUGGCCGCCAAAGAGGCAGAAGAGGCCGAGAAGCGGGCCGAGGAGGAGCGCGAGCGGCGCAAGCUUGACUCGAAGGAGCUGGCGGGCGAGACGAUCCGGCGCGAGCUGGCUGAGAAGGAGGUAUCCUCCGACCUGAUUCCCGACGUGGACGACACGGACGGGCUGGAUCCCGAGGCGGAGUUCGACGCGUGGCGCGCGCGCGAGCUGGCGCGCCUGCUGCGCGAGAAGGAGAAGCAGGCCGCGGCGGACGCGGAGCAGGCCGAGAUCGAGCGGCGGCGCGCGAUGCCCGAGGACGUGCGGCUCGCCGAGGACCUGGCAUACGCGGAGGCCUCGCGCGCGAAAGAGAAGCCCCAGAUGGGCUUCCUGCAGAAGUACUACCACAAAGGCGCGUUCCACCAGGACGAGGACGACGCGCUGCUUUCGCGCGACUACACCGCCGCAACAGAGAGCCAGGUGGACAUGGCCGCGCUCCCCAAGGUCCUGCAGGUGCGGGACUACGGCAAGGCCUCGCGCUCGAAAUACACGCACCUCACGGAUCAGGACACGACGUCGGGCGGGUGGGGCACGGCGCACCAAGCCUUCGGCCGGCCCAGCGACCAGGUCAACCAAGGCGGCACGGGGUGCUGGAACUGCGGGGGCGACCAUAUGCGCGCCGAUUGUCCCGUCGCCGAAGACAUGGGGAAUCCCAACGACCUGGGCAUGAUCGACGGCGUGCGCAUCCCGGGCUUGGCGGAGCGGCAGGCGGCCGAGCGCGGGUUCGGGCGCGGGCGCGGGCGUGGUGGCCGGGGAGGUGUGGGCCGCGGCGGCGGGCGCGGCGUUACGGGCGCGAAUACAGCGCCGCUUGCGACGUCACGCGCGUGGGGCGAGGGCGGGAGCGGCGAGCGCAAGCGGCCGCGCGAAGAUGAGAGGGAGGAGCGCCGCGAACGGCCCCGAUACAGCGAGCCGGAGAGGGAGAGGGAUCGCGACCGUGGGGAGCGAGGCGAUCGGCGGCGCGACGACCGCGAUCGUGACCGUGAUCGCGACCGUGGGGACCGGCGACAUGACCGGGAUAGAGAUCGCGAUCGCGACAGUGGCCGGCGCCGCAGCCGCAGCCGCAGCCCGCGCCGCGACAGAGAUGGGCGCGACCGCGAUAGGCGCUAGGAUGCAUUGCUGCAGUAC